CGAAAACAAACAACUCUUGCUCUGAACGCCGGGCGGUGAGGGCUUGGUUAUUUUUUAAAAAUAUAUAUCAAUUUAUUUCGUUAUUUUGCAAUUGCAUUAGAUGACCUAAAAUAGAAACGAGCCGUAUAUAUAAAGGGGAGCGAAGAAGCUCGCGAUGCAAGCUCGCCGUUCUGCAAAGAGGUCGAUUUUGGGCAGCCGGGUCUGUGCUCCGAGUCCGGCCGGGGAUGGGCAGCUCGUUCCCGGGGUGAUCCAGGCGCUGAAAUGCCAAAGCAGCGAGUCCGGGGGGCGGUGCAACUUCUACACGGUGAUGCUGGAGGAUGGCAGCCUGAGGGAAUACCCGGAGGAGGAGAUAGUGGUGGUGGGACCCGGCUUCCAUAACUACGGCAGCAAAGUGCAGCUGAAAUACAGGGAAAAGCUGAAUUGCAAUGGUCGAGACACAUCGUCAGCUGUGUCAUUGCAAGAUCAAAGCCAUACAGAGAACCACCAGAAGGUGUUGGAACAGCAGCUACCCCUAGUGAGGAAGAUUGAAGCUAUGAAAAUACUGGAAACUAAAAAGAUCAGCUGGAUUCAGGAUCACGAGAAGGAUCACAUGCGCACUGUUGUUGUUUCAGAUCAGAAAAGAAAAGUUGUUUCUUCAAAUAUCGAUGUGCCCCGUACAAGGAAAUUUUCAGAAGAAGGGGAAAUGGACAAAGUAACAGCAGCCAUGGUCCUGACCAGCCUUUCCACCAGUCCACUCGUCCGCAGUCCUCCCUCUGCUGUCCGUGUUGCAGAUCAGAAUGGUUCCUGGAAGGAGGGAGUGAACAUGUCAUCGAGCUACAGCAGCAGUGGCAACUGGAGCUGGGGUGCCCCGAGUGAUCAGUCAAAUCCAUCUACCCCAUCACCACCCUUAUUGGCCGACAGCUUCAAACCUUUCCGUGGAGCUGUCCAACCAGAUGACAGCAUUGAUGAGGCAGACUCCAGUAACCUGCUGUUUGAUGAGCCAAUACCAAGGAAACGAAAGAACUCCAUGAAAGUUAUGUUCAAGUGUUUGUGGAAGAAUUGUGGAAAAGUUCUGAGCACGUCUGCAGGAAUACAGAAACAUAUUCGCACCAUCCAUUUGGGACGCAGUGUAGAUUCAGAUUGCAGUGAUGGUGAAGAAGACUUCUACUACCAAGAGAUUAAACUGAACACUGAUUCUGUGGCUGAGGGUCUGGGUAGCCUUUCUCCAGUGUCGCCAUCUGUGGCCUCACCACCCGUGCCCUGCAGCCUGGAUGCAGGACGAUCUGAUGCCAGGGUCACAAAAACCGAGGCCAAACCUGCCACUCCACUGAGUCGGUCGGCACCAACAUGCCUCUACCUCAUUCACACUGACCACGCUUAUCAGGCCACAGCACCUGUCAACAUUCCUGGGUCGAAGUUUACUCCUACCAGCAAUGGAUUCAGCAUCUCUUGGCAAUCUCCACCAGUUACCUUCACUGGCAUGCCGGUUUCGCCAACCCACAACCACCCUGUGGAAAUUGGAGACCAGCGCCAGCAGACCCUUCCUUCACUCUCCUCUCCACCCAGACCUGUGGUUGGAGCAAGGAAAACUCGUGGGGAAGGAAAGAAGUGUCGGAAAGUGUACGGUAUGGAAAACCGAGAUAUGUGGUGUACUGCCUGCCGCUGGAAGAAAGCUUGCCAAAGGUUUAUUGAUUAGAGAAAAAUCAUGAAGGGCCUUUAAGAAGAUUCUUUGGGCAGCUAUUACAUAAUAUUUUGAAGCACUUAACUUUUUCUAAAUAAAUUUGUAAGUGUAGCAACAACACUUGUAUUGAACAAGAUGCACUUAAAAUAAUCCUGUGUGGAACCAAGCAGCAAACAGAUGGUUCCAAUGUCAGUGAUAAAUAGUGUAUUACAAAGAAAUCUCUUUCUAAGAGCAGCUGGAACAGACUGUUUAAGAAAUUCCAAAGCAAAUGUUUCUAUGUUCGGUUUGAAACAUUAGCUGACAGGGAAUUGAAGUAUAUUGUGUUCCAAUUUUAAGCCUUAUUCUUGGAGGUUUCUCAGGAAACCUGAUACUUGUGACCAACGUGUCAACACAAGGAACUCUGUAAUGAAACACUUGUGGUUUAUCUGUUUGGUGUGAUUUCAAUGUUCUUCUGAGCAGAAUAAGCUAUUUUUAAGCUUUUUACUAUCACUCACUUCUAAACUACAGCACUAAGGGGAAUAUUGUGUUCUGUUGACAAUGUUACAGUAAUAUCUUAUUUUCAUGAAUGUUGAGGGAGGUGGAAAAUGAGGGUCACAUGAAAAGAGAGCGAAAUUAUUUCUGUCCGAACCGAUGAUGAACUUCCAAGAAAGCAAAAUUGAUUGUUUUGCAACAUGAAGAAGACACAACGAAGCACAAGCCAGGCUCAGCGGGAAUCUAUGUUUCUCAGAAAAACAAGAGUAACAAACAGCUAUGUUGCCUUGUGCUAGUGAGCGCUUUAGGGAUGUGCAUUAAGCUGGAUCUAUGAACAAAGACAGUGCAAUUGAACUGAUGCCAGUUUUGCUCAAUAUUAAUUCUGGGGUAUGUUAAGAUCAGCAGUGUUUUUUGUUUAAUGCUCUUUUGACUGCAGUUCUGUACAAUCUUAUUAAUUUACUCCAAUAAUGAAAAGGACCGUUAAUCAGAAAGACAACCUCAGUGUUCUGAUGCUAGUAAUUCUGUGUUGCUCAACUAACAGACAUUACACUUAAAUGUAAGGUCAGUAAAAUGGUUAUUGUUCACUGUUACCAGCCAGGCAGUAAAUGGUCAGAGUGGAUUGGCUACUAACUGUAGAGCACGUCUGAAAUCAGUGGAAUAAAAAUAGGUAGAUUCUACAAUGCAUGGGUAAACCAUUAGAUUACUAUUAGGACAGUGCUCGUGAAAAUUAUCUGCAAAUGUUAGCAAUUCCUUGAGAUACAAAGUUGGUCAGAGAAAUGAUGCCAUCACUAUUAGUAAACUAAUUGUGUAGAGGUGUUCACAGCUUUUGUCAAGCCAAAUAAUGUGAUAAUUAGCUUAAAGCACAGCUAAAAGCAGACUCUGACUGAACUGAAUUUUGUACAACCCACAUUUUGUUAUCUCCAGCUAAAUAAAGCUAUCAAUACAGUACAUUCUAGGCAGUUCAACUGGUUUCUUUGUAAACUGAGGGAAUGCCAUGAGCAAAAUUUCCAAAGCUGAUCAUACUAGAUUAUGUGAAAGCAAAUCAUACCACAGAAGCAGCUAUUCUGACAAUUUUGAAACACUUGGACAUUGGGCAAUUAGCUUUAAAAUAACAGGGUGUGGAGAUGCCGGUAGUGUGUACGUCUCCUAAAAGAUUAAAAUGUAUGCUUUAAAGUAAAAGCAUACAGAGAAAGCCUGUUUGGGAUACAUUACUGACUAAGCAUUGAAACCAUCUCUGCAUUUAUUGUAGCAAAUUCAAAUUUGAAUGUGAACUUAAAAUGGUAUGGAAGACAGUAUUAACCUCUUAUUAACUGGAUUGCAUUUAAAGUUUCUAAUCUGUGUACAUCCAGAAGAGAUAGAAAGAAUAUCAACAAUGGUGAUCAUCUCACUGAGAUCCUGCAUAAGGGACAAUGGAGGCCAGGGAUUCUUUUCCAAAAAGAAAAAUAAAGUGGCUGCAUAAGAAAAUGUUAAAAAGAAUGUUGGGAUCCAACAAGAUUAUUUACCUUAUACCUAUCACUGAGGCUCACUCUCGGGACUCUCAUUUAAUUGGUCUUGUCACCAGUCCAUUGCUCUUUAUUCCUGGCUGAAGCAGCUAUGUGUCUGUCAUGUAUUAAAUUGGUACAUUUAUUUCAUUUUGGCCAUAUUUGAAAACUGGCAAGAAUAGAAUAUAGUGGUAGACCACUACACAUUCCUCUCAGCUUAAUGUGCUUGAAGUAAGGAAUGCAGAGGCAGAAAUGUACAUAAACAACACUGCAUUGUACGCAUGUCGUGGUCACCCACAAUAAUUCCAAAACAAAUUUCACCCCUUUUUGCCACCAAUUACUACUCAGAUGGACUGACUGUCCAAAAGUCAAUGUUUGCAGCUAAUCUCUUUUUAGCUUAAAGAACUAUUGUGAUCAUACUUCAUACAUUAUUGAAAAUAAACUGCAAAGGAAGUCCUUAGAAUGUGAUAGGAGUAACCAAAAAACAGACCUAUCUUUCUUUCUAUGUGUGAUAGUCCUUUCCAACAUUUCUGCACACCUUCUAAGCAUGUUAGAUUUCAUUCUCAUGAAAUAUCUGAACUAUUGAUUUAAUCUAGAGACCUUGUUAAACCUGUGUUAUUCACAUUUCAUUUCAUAUAUGACAUUGAAACUUUAGUAAUUGCUCCUUGUACUAACAAGUCUGGAGUUAUUCUUUUGAUACUGGCUCUGAUUAAUUUAUUAAUGUUCACACUUGCCUGUUUUCAAACUUUUCAGUACUUUCAUAAAUAUUUUCUCUAUCCUGAUACGUAUUUCUCUUAUUAAUUUUUCCCUCACUGAGAGUCUUCCACAUUCUCUCCUCUCCAUUUUGGUGUUUCACAACUGUGCUAACCAUCCCUGACCAAGUUUUCCAUCCCUAAAUAUCUCUGAUUAACAGUGUAAAAGUACUUCUGCAAACCUCAUUCCAGUUUUAAGUAAACUGCAUUCCUUACUCUUUACACAAUGUCUUCAAACGUAGGUUCUGUAUGUCCUCAGCUUUACAGUUUUGCUUAUCAGUACUGAAAGGACCAUAGGAAUUUCUGAUUUUUCUGGUUAUAGGCAUUGGUUGUAAUGGUUAUAUAUCCUGGCUAUUGUGGACACAGUAGAGAUUUUACAAAAUUGAAUAAGUUCUGAAAUUUUGGAAACUCCAAUCGAUAGAUAUACUUUCCUAUAUUGAUGAAUUGCUGACCUAUCUUGGAGGAACACAUAGUGUAGUUAGAUAGUGUAAUUCCCUGGAGCUACUGCCUCCAUUGUCCUAACUCACAGAGAUCUGCAGCACAGAAAAAUGCCCUUCAGCUCAUUGCGUUUGUGCCAGUCAAAAACAAAAACCACCUAACUAUUCCAAUCCCAUUUUCCAGCGUUUGGCCCAGAGUCUGUGAUAGAAACCCCACGUAAGAAACAUUCCCAAGAAAAUUCUCAGCUUUGUUACUUAGUGUGUGAUUUAUUCUCGUCAUUGAGAGAUGUCUUGAUAUGGAUAGGAUUUCUUUUUCCAUGUAUUUGAUUCCUUAAGCAGGAUAUUUUUUUUUCCUGAAGCAUGAAAUUUGUAAACUUAAUUUGUAUAGUCCUGCAAAAAUGUUAGUCCUGACAAAAAUAGUUAUUUCAAACUUGAUACUUGACAUAAAAACAUUUAGAACAUGGAUUCUUAUUUUCAUAAGACCAUUUUUCAUUUACGAGGUACAAUGGUGUUGGCCAUGUAUUUUUUUGAAAAGUGGUUUGGUAUACAUACAGCAUCCAAUACCCAGCAGCAUUACUCAGCAGAGGACAAAUUAAAUGUGAAGUUGCUUUGGACCACACACUAUUAGUACGACUCCUCGUUCUUUAACCACUAUGAUUUCCCAUCAACAUUAGUGCCCGUUUUUAAAAGAAAAGGUUUUGGAUAAAUAAAAAAGUACAGCUUGUUCAAGAAUUAUAUUUUGUAAACUAAAGUAUAAAAGUUAUAUAUUACAAAACAUGGAUUUCACAGAAUUUGGGGGCUAAGGCCCUUAGAUUGUUGAUUAUGCACUGUGGCAUUGUUUGUAAUUACAUGUUGGAACCAUUACUUCCUAAAAAUGCAUGUUGUAGUCAGUUCUGGCAGCGUUGUUUGCACUGCUAAACCAAAUGUGACAAUAUUUCUGAAAGAUGCACUUAAGGACGUAAGAAAGUAGAUAGUACUGAAGUUCAUUAAACAUUCUAGAGUUUUUUUGGAAAAAGUAAUUGUCAGGAUGUUUGCACAUCCCUACAUUUUCUUUAUUUUAUAUAUUAUAUAUAUAUAUAUACAUAUAUAAAUAAUGUGUGUGUGUGUCUGUGUAGUUAAAAUGCAUAUUGUGAAUGUAUUGUGAACAUGCCUCGUGCUUUCUUUUAUGGUUGUCUCAAGAGGCAUUUGUUUUCCUGUAUUACAGGAAUGCUGUCAUUCUGUGUUGAGCCAGUGGUGCUGCUGAAUUUUAUCAUGCCUAGUCACAUUGUGCUAUUUGUGCUGAAGUAAAAGGUGCUACAUUCUCCAGGAUGUUAAAAUCAGCCAAAGCCAUUCUUUAUUUUUCUUGUCUAGAAGAUGUGUCAAUAAUUAUUUACUAGCCAAAAAGAAACAUUUUUACACAAUAGUGUGUAGAAUCUAUGGCAUUGAAACAGACCAUUUGACAGAACAGGUCCAUGCCAAUGUUUAAACUGAACAUGAGCAUCCUCCCAACUUACCAUGUUGUAUUAUGUUAAAUAUUGUAUAUAUUAAACAUAAAAUAGAAGGAUAAAUCCUUCUAUUCCUUUAUCCCUCAUCUACAUAUUUGGCUUCCUGCUAAGUAUUUCUGUGCUAUUCACCUCAGUUGCUCCAUCUUCAUGUGGAAGCAGAUUCCACAGUUAAUCUGCCAUUUGAGUAGAGCCUUUAGUUUUUGGUGUUUUUUUAUAGAAUAAAUAUUGACUCAUAAGUUUCUAAUUCCCCUACUGCAAGAUAGUUUAAGCUCUCUGGGGAAUGCAGUUGAUUGCUUAGCAGUAAAUUUGAUUUGAGUUAUAGGUAUAUAUUUAGACUACCCAAUCGGAACUAGCUUUCUGUUAAUAGAUUUAUGUAAUUUUUAAAAAUUCCAUUAUGUUCGAAAGGAUAUUUUAUGAUGCACAGUACUGUUCUGCUAAAGUUGUGAAAAUUCCUGUAGUUUUACAGAGAAUACAGAGCAAUGGAGGAAAUGGAAAUGUUAGUUUUCCAUAGGAGCUCAGGUCUUAUCACGUACGUAGAAUUACACGUUAACAGCUGAAAGAUUUAACCAUUUGCUUCUUUCUCUGAAAACUUAAACUGUUCCUUUCUAAUAUAUAUCUUGCUAUAAGCUAUAAUAUUAAGUGAAAAUAAUAUUAAAUAGUUUGAAGGGGAAGCAGGUAACUAUGCCUCUGUUUUGAUGGUUUCAAACUAAUUUAGGCUUGUUUCACUAAAUUACAAUCUGUUAAAAAUUGUGCAAUUGGAAUUUAGGAAAUGCUAAAAUAUUACGUGUCUAUAGCACUUCUUCUAAAAGUGAAUUGAUAGACAUCAAAAAGUCUUAUAUCGUCGGAAAUUUUCGGUAAUAUCCGAACAAUUGUGUUAUUCUUAACCAAUUUUCAGAUGUUACGAGUGACUUCCCAUUAGUAAUCAAAAUUUUCAAUGCCCUAAAAUCAAAUUGGUAAUAGUCCAAGACUACUGUCAUAAAAUGGAGGUAGCAAGGUGUGGAGC